UGAAUCCCUCAAUAACCAGUGCACAUAAUAGUAAUACUUCAGUAUCAUCAAUCAGUAUCACAUGUUUCAAUAACUCUUUUUUAUUUGCAGACUGGCUCUAUAACUUUGCCAUCAACAUGUCCAAGUGAGUCUAAAGAGUUUUGUCUUGUUCACUAAUUAGUUCAGCGGCUGUUCUGGUAUAGUAUGGUUUAGAGGUUAAAAUCCACUAACUGUGGGAAUAGCAAAUGUUAACAAUCCUUGAAUUAUCUUGCGACUUUGUCAAUUCAAGACACUACUUUGUAUUGUGUUUUAUUAAAAUUGUUUUUGAAACUACAAUCAUUUGAUAGAAACAAAAAAGAGUCAGCACUUUUGCAGAGAGCUAAGUCAUAAUAACUUCACAAGAAAGAACCCCAGGGGCUUAAAUGUAACAAUUUAAACUUUGGGACUCCUCUAAUGCUUCAGUUAUCCAGGAUAUGGAUAAAUCCUGAUUACAGAGGGUUUUGUGGAUUUGAUCUUAGAAAAGAUGUUUACAAGACAAAGGAAAAGUUUUAACAGGAUUACUUGACACUUACACGAAAGAAGCAAACACCACUAAGGAUUACUUGUGUGUUUAUUGCUAUAUGCAAUUAUGUAAUAAUAGGAAUGUUAAGAAAAACACUGAAUAUUUUGAGAAAUCAAUUCAGAAUUUGCCACGUUUACCAAGAAAUAACAAAACACAAUAUAACAUGUCUACCAUCUGCAGCAACAUAGAAUUAAUUGGAGAGAUUUUCAGGAAUAUGUCACCAAGAGUCAAACAGUCAUGUUAGCACCAUGCAUAGAAUUAAUAAACAAUAGCUAAAGAACUACUUACCUGAUUGAACACUAAGCCAAACAGGAAAUUCUUGAUUUUACAUACGUUAUUGAGUAUAAUAUAUUGACUUAUUGUAUAUUGUAUUGAACAAAUCACAAUGAUGUCUGACGUCCAGAUUAGACACUUGCCAGCAGGUGCUUUUCUAUCCUAAACACUAAUCUAUGCUUAUAGGGAUGGGAGGGGUAUCCUGUAAGUGGAAAAGACAACUGUGGGAGGUGGUAGGUGCACAACACUAUUGACUAAGACCACUUCAGAAGUGGAAAAAAUAAAUUAUUGUAAAGCAAAAAACAAGAACAUUUCCACCAGGGUCAUUUGUGCUCAGUCCUAAACAUCUUGUGUUUUUUUUUUUAAACACAUUCAGUGAGCCUAAAAGUGUUCAAACGUGUGAAAUACCAUUCUGAUUCACUGUCUUUUCCUUUUUUCUCUUUUUCAGGGUAUUUAAGAAGACCAGCGGCAAUGGACAUGUAAGUGGCCUCUAUAAUAUAGUCAUUAAAGGGCACCUCUUGGGUAUAGGGAGGAGUGAAAAUUGUAUGUAGCUCUUCCAGCUCCCUGAAAUAACUUCCGAACUCUUGUAACCUUGGCGGAGGAGUAACUCUUUCCCUCUUUGCUUUUCUCCGUUUUCUGUUCUCAGAUUACACUGUACUUGGGGAAGAGAGAUUUUGUGGACCAUGUGGAUACAGUGGAAGUAGUUGGUGUGUGGACAAAUGUCUGUUUAUACAUCCUCAAACCUGCACACAUACAGUGCAUGUUUCUGUUCAAAUCUAAUGCUAUUGAUUUUCCUCUCAUUUGCAGAUGGUGUUGUUAAAGUGGACCCUUCUGGUCUUAAUGGCAGAAAAGUAUUUGUCUACCUUGCUUGUGCCUUCCGCUAUGGCAACGAUGAGUUGGACGUUAUUGGGCUGUCCUUCAGGAGAGACAUAUGGAUCCAGCGCAUCCAGGUGUAUCCACCAACAGGUGAAAAUGCAACCAUAUCACCACUGCAAGAAUCCCUCCUGAAGAAAAUUGGUGACCAAGGAUAUCCUUUUUCCUUCCAGAUGCCAACAGAUCUCCCAUGCUCAGUCUCCUUACAGCCUGGGCCAAAUGAUUCUGGCAAGGCUUGUGGUGUGGACUUUGAGGUUAAAGGAUACAUUGCCAACACACCCAUCAGUGCAGAUGAAGUCAUUGAAAAGAAGGACACAUGUCGUCUGAUGAUUCGCAAAAUACAAUUUGCACCAGCUAACAACAAGGCUGGGCCCAAGGCAGAUAUAACCAGGCAGUUUUUGAUGACUGACAAACCUGUUCACUUGGAGGCCUCCCUUGAAAAAGAGAUUUAUUACCACGGAGAUCCAAUCAGUGUCAUGGUAAAAAUCAACAACGAAACCACCAAGAUUGUUAAGAAAAUCAAAGUCUCAGUUGAGCAGAGAACAAAUGUGGUGCUCUACUCAUCUGACUGUUACGUUAAGGUAGUCUGCUCUGAGGAGUUUGGGGAGACAGUAAACGCCAACUCUACAUUUGAGAAGUCCUUCGAAAUAACCCCCCUGCUGUCCAACAACAAAGAAAAGCGGGGUCUUUCACUGGACGGACAGCUAAAAGAUGAGGACACACACCUAGCAUCCACUACCCUGAGUAAAGGAGGAAAGGAGAUGCAGGGAAUACUUGUCUCCUAUCAAGUUAAGGUUAAUUUAAUGAUUUCCAGUGGAGGCCUGCUAGGUGGCAUAAUGGGAAGUGAUGUCAAUGUGGAGCUUCCUCUGACUCUGAUGUCCCCAAAACCUGCAGGACAGACAUCUCAAUUGAUUCCAUGGAAAGUUGAGACAACCAACGAAGAUCACCUCUUGGACAAAGAAUACAGAACAAAAAGGAACUCAACAUGAAUGAAGAAAAGCCCAAAGUGUCACUAAAUCACUACAAAGUUCUUAUUUCACCUGUACAUAUACAUGUUAUUAGGCAUUACCAUGGGAUUUCACUGAGAAAUUUCUCUGAAUUCCAUCAUUGCAGAAAUAAACAUGUAUUGUACAUUACAUUCUGUCCUGUAGUAUGUAUGAGUGCAGAUUUAUCUUUCCAUUAAUUAAGAAUACUAAGCUUUAUUCAUCCUUUAUAUUUAUUGCUGCUAUUAGAGCCAUGAUAUAUUAUAUAUUACAUAAAUGUUUUUAUUUAUUUAUUGCUGAUCAUUGUCCCUUGUAUUGCACUAUGUAUGUUGAUCUGUACCUCUGAAAUAUAAAUACCUUACCUGUGAUUGUGUUUGUUGUGUGUAUGGACUGGGUAAGCUGCAAACAAAUUGCCCUUCUUGGGAUCAGUAAAGUUGUCCUAAUCUAAAUAUUAUGACUGAAUGAAUAUCUGGGGGAUGGGUAUCUCCCAAAAUACUGCUAUUUGUUCAUGACACUCAUCAACAAGAGAAGUAAAUUAAAAGAUUGUCUCCUCAA